CGCGCGUUGCCACGAGAGGCGCACUUAACGCCGGAGAAAAGACAGCAUUAAGUCGAAUGAGCUUCAAUUUAAGAAGAGCACGCUUGCGUGCGAUACCGUCGCAGUCGAUGGCCAGAAACAAGCAAGUGCUGUGCAGUGGUCGCAUCAUUCCGGCCAGUCUAGGUGAUAGAAUGAUACCGACUUCAACGGAGGAACUUAACUAAGUAGUAAGUAGUGAAUUGUGUGGCAGAUGAUGGAGAAAUUUUCUAGCCUCGCUAAGAUGGCUCGCGAACCGAGAAUGAACGCGCGGACAGUAUUAUGGUACUUAGUGUUUGUGGGAUUCGCGGUCAACUACAUGAUCAGAAUUAACAUGAAUAUCACCAUCGUAACCAUGGUGAAACAAACAGGCGGUAGGAGAGAAUCCCAGCAUGUCGCAUCGGAUAUGAGUGUCAGCGGAUUGAACUUCACGACAGUAUUACCCACGCAGCAGCAACAACCGAAGAUGUACGCUUGUUACGUAGAAAGAAACGAAUCCUGGACACCGAGUAAUCUGGAUGACGGCAGUUCCCUUGUGACAUCCCAACAGAUGCAGCCGAAGCUUCUAUCGCCGGAAAUAGUACUACUCAAAGCGCUGAAGUUUGACAUCAGCGAAAAAGGCUUCGAAUGGGACGAAUAUCAGCAGGGUCUAAUUCUGGGAGCGUUCUUCUGGAUCCACUGGAUAACGCAAGUUCCAGGUGGAGUUCUGGCGCGAAAAUAUGGAACGAAGAUGGUUUUCGGCGUCGCGAAUGCCAUCGGUUGCUGGCUGUGCUUUCUAAUGCCACUUGCUUCAUAUGUGGACUACCGGGUGUUGAUUUUCCUGAGGGUGAUCCAAGGGCUGAUUUGUGGGGUCGCAUGGCCAGCAAUGCAUCACAUGGCCGGUCAGUGGAUUCCGCCCAACGAACGUAGCAAAUUCGUCACAGCAUAUCUAGGUAGUUCCGUUGGCGUAGCACUCAACUUCCCUCUGUUCGGGUACAUCAUAUCCUGGACUUCCUGGGAGUACGUGUUUCACUUCUGUGGAAUCAUUGGUACGAUAUGGUACAUCGCGUGGAUUUAUAUGGUGUAUGAUUCCCCGGCGGAACAUCCACGAAUCCACCCGAAAGAACGAGACUACAUCGAGAGUUCGCUUGGUAUAACGGACAAAUCUAAGAUUCAAGAGCGGCAACAACGAACUCCGUGGAUGAAGAUGACAUUCUCCAAGGCGAUGUGGAUGAAUGUCAUUGCCCAGUGGUCUGGUAUCUGGGGAUUGUUCACGCUCAUGACACAGGCUCCGAGUUAUUUCAACUAUAUCCACGGCUGGGACAUAAAAAUGACAGGCAUCUUAUCCGGAAUUCCGCAUCUCGGCCGGAUGCUGUUCGCAUACUUCUUCUCGAUUGUGGGAGAUUACCUACUGCAGCGUAACCUCAUGUCCCGAACCAAUGUCCGCAAGAUCGGUGGUGUAUUCUGUUGUCUGAUAAACGGAAUAUUCGUAUUGGCGCUGGCCUACAGCGGGUGCAAUGCUACGCUGGCGAUUGUUUUCCUGACACUAGCCACCAUGGUGCACGGAGCUGUUUCCACAGGUCCUCUGGCGAACAUUAUCGAUAUGAGUCCCAAGUACGCAGGUAUCCUGCUCGGAAUUAGUGGAAUGAUUACCGUUGUUCCGGGUUUCGUCUCACCAAUCAUUGUCGGAUUGCUGACGCUAGGGAAUCAAACGGUUAAACAGUGGGAGUAUGUCUUCCUCAUAGCGGCCUCGAUGCUGAUAGUAAGUGGCAUUUUGUAUACGCUUUUCGCGGAUUCUACGCUACAAGCGUGGAAUUCUAUGGAGGAUACGGAUGCAUUGGAUGGAAAGGAGCUAGUCAAUUUGAAGGUUGAUGUUGAAGAUACAGUACAAAAUACAGAGAAAAAGGUUUCGCAAGAGAUAGAAAGAUGAAAUGAAACGAAUGUGCAGAAUUAGUGUAAUAAAUCGAAUCCUACUACUUUAAA